AUGGCGCUCCUCCCGUUCGGCGAGGAGGAGGAGUGGUACAGUGACCUGUCCCCUGGCCAGUACGUGGCCAUGGAGUACGAAGGCGACGACGUAGAUCACGAAAGGAUCCUGCUCUAUCCUCUCGGCGGCGGAGUCUGGUGGAUUCGAACACCAGACGGCGAUGAGUACUUCCAGGACGUGGCCUGCCAGGACGCGUCGGACGGCCCUGUGCGCUGCCGCCUGCUGCCCGCCGAUGGCUCGCUGCCGCCUGGGGCUAGAGGCCGAGGGCGGCGUAAGCUGUACCGCUUCCCGGAGCGGGUCGGCGCCGUGGAGCUGCGAGAGGGCAUCCUACGGGGCCGUAGGGCUUGCGAAGCGGAGCGCCGCCCUGGCCAGCGACCCAUGGUGCCCGAGCGCGCGCAGGAGCCCGCCGGCGGGCUGACCCCGAUCGGGCGUUUCUUCGGUGGCAGCUUCCCGCCCGCGCCGGGAGUGCGGCUUCGAGGCAAGCAGCCGCUGACUGCGGCUCUGGUCGCGCGGCCCAGGCCCGAGGUGGCACUUGGCGGCACGGCCGCGCCCGAGGCUACUGAGGCGGAGGAGCCUGCGACUGACACGCUGCCGCUGCUAGCUGGGCACGUCUGGGCACUGGCGGAGCCCGUCGUUUCCGCUGCCAUCGGCAGCGAGGUGGACAUCCGCAAGGCGACGUUCGUUGGCGCGUCGGACACCUCGGGGCUGAUCUUCGUGGACGACGGCUUCGCCAGAGUGAGGCGCAUGCCAGUCGAGGACGUGCCCGAGUACGCCGACACUCGCACCGCCGAGCUGCGCCGUCGCCUGGGGCUGCCGGGAGCGGGCGCCGAGGCGGACCUUCGAGAUCGCCUGGCUCGCCCACCGCUGCCGCCGCCCGCCGAGGCGCCCGCCCAGGCUGGGGAGGCCGCCGCGGCGCCGAUCAAGAGCGAGGAUGCCAGGCUGCUCGCGGUGGACUUCGACGGCCAGGGCGAGCGCUUCAAGCCUUGGCGCGAGGCGGUGCAUGAAAGUAGCCAGGAGGAGUUCAGCGACCAGCCGAUGGAUGCCCUCCCGAGUGCGCUCACUACUUGUAAGAGUAUGCUGAGAGUGGGCGGCGAUCCGAGGCUCUGGCUACGUGAGUACCUUCGAGAGAAGGGGAAGGCCAGCACGGACCGCGUCGCCCACGAGUUACGUUGUAUAUGCGAGGCUUUGUACAUGGCGGGCUUCUACGACCAGGUGAAUCUGGGCGGUCUGAUGGCGCUGGAGGUCUUGUGUAAGCGACUGGCGGGCAUCGUGGCGGCGCACGCUAAUCCACAACGCGUGCAGUGGGAGGUGGCGAAGUACUACACGGGCGUGCAGUCGGCCGAGGACGUCGCUGGCCCAGUGCUGCGGGCCCACGUGGCGCGCGAGAUACGCGAGGAUCGAGAAGGCCUGCAGGCGCUGCGCGGCGCCCCCUCGGGCGCGCUGGAGGGCGACCUCGGCGCUGGCCGUGGUCGCCUAGGAAUGGCGAAUGACGCGCUGAAAGCACUGCGCUGGAUGGCGGGCUGGAAGGAGUUUUUGUGGGCGGAUCGCGGCCCGGGCGUGCUACCCGACGAUGUGCAGGUGGACGUUCAGCGGAGGGUGUGUGAGUUGGUCGACAGCUGGUACCCGCGCCCUCCGCAACUCAGCGACGAGGCGGCUCUCAAGAAGUUGCUUCAAGGACAUUCCCCGUAUCGGGCGGCGGGCUGUCCGACAAGGGUCACGUCCUUCAAGCUCGACCUUCUGAGCCUCCCAGGUUCUGUUCGAGGGUGUCCGCUGAUAACUGACGUGGCGCCCUCUGAGGUCAUUGGAAUUCUGGAGGACUAUCAUGAGCGUAUGUUGGCGCCGCCUGUUGAGAAGUAUGAGACGAUUCCCUACUUUGUUCCUAAGCUACACUUCAAUCAGAAAGAAUAUCAUCGGCUCCUCCGUCGUCUGACAGACAUCGGCAUUAUUACCUGGACCAGCUCGCCAAAAUGUCAGGUGGGCCUCUUCACGGUGGAGAAGGACGGCGGCGCGGCCCAGAGACUGAUAGUCGAUGCCAGACGGGCCAACGAGUGCUUCCAGGCGCCGCCUGGGGUCGCCCUCUUGAGCUCGGAGGGGCUGUCGAGGAUAGAGGUGGAGCUGCCGGCUGACGCGCCGCUGGGUUCCGAGCAGGCCGCAAAGCUGUUGGGGGACUUUUACCUCUCGAUCGGCAUCUCGGAUGCGUCUAAUUGCUUUCACAGGUUACGCGUGCCAGCCUGGUUGUCAGACUACUUCUGUCUCCCUCCCGCGCCAGCUCACGUGAUGGGCGCGGCGGGCGUGGAGGUGAACGGGCGAGUCCUCGGCCGCGCGGAGGCAGUGGCGCCGUGCUGGGCCGUGCUCCCCAUGGGCUUCACCUGGAGCUUGUGGAUCGCCCAGAGGAUCAACAAGUCUACUGUGACCAAGGUUGCGCCUUCCCUUCCUGGAUCCCCUCUGCACGAUCGCGGGCCGCCGCUGGUGGUAAGGCCUGCCUUGGGCGGGGGCCACGGAGCGCUCAGUCACUACGUCUACGUAGACAACCUCGGGGUGAUAGGUGUUUGUGAGGCUGCAGUUGGCGAGGCGCUCGAGCGGCUGGAGGAGGGCUUCAACCGCGAGGGGCUACUGCUUUACAAGUCGGAGCGGACACGCGGCAGUAUCAUCGCGCUUGGCACGGAGCUCGACGGGACGGCGCUGCGGACGCGGGCCACGCCCAAGCGCUUCUGGAGCAUAUACCAGUCGCUGGGCGCGCUGCUGCGGCGCCGUCGGGCCAGUGCGUGGGCGCUAGAGGUCGUCCUGGGCCACUGCACGUUCGCCGCUCUGUGCUGCCAAGGCCUGCUAAGCAUUUUCCAUCCGGUAUAUGCCUUCGUGGAGCGAGGUCGCGCCUCGGGCCGAGCUGAGCCGCUGUGGGACGAAUGCCGCUUCGAGCUGCAAGCCUUCAAGUCCCUCAUGAUCUUCAUGUUCAGUGACUGGCUGCGCUGCUGGAACGACCUGGUGGUUCAGACCGACAGCAGCCUCGAGGGGUACGCGGUGGCGCAGGCGCUCUGGCCCGUGCAGGCUGUACGGGAGGUGGGCCGCACCUCCGAGCGGCAGCGCUUCCGCCGCGCGGGCUCCCACCGAGCGCGGGAGAGUGCCCUCGAGACAGCGAUGCCUCCCAGCAAGCGGCAGGCGACCCUACCACCGACGGAGCCUCGAUCAAGCAAGUGCCAGCGAGGGCACGUGACGCUGGCCAACCAGAGAGAGGCCACCUUGCGGCCGCAGGAUGUCCAGCUGGUGCUGCGCGACAGGCUGAGCUGUCAACGCCAGGAGUUGACUCUCCCCGACAGCGAGGAUCGCCUGAGGCGCGAGCCCGCGCUGGCAGACGUCGGCGAGAGCAGCAGCACCGGCGACGAGGGGAGGCCAGGGCCUGGCGCCGCGCGGAGGGCAGUGCUGCGGCGCACGGGCCACCAGAGGAGGCGCAAGUUCCUGGGCACCGCCCUGGCGACCGCAGCCGGGGGUCUCAGCAGCUUCCUCGAGGAGAGCUCGGUGACGCCCAGGGCGCUGGAACGGUACCAGACCGAGGUGGCGGGCUUCACGGACUUCGCAGGAGAGCGGCCGCUGGUGCGCGACGAGCAAGUCGACGGCGUGCUGGUGGAGCACUUCAGCUUCCUCUUUUUCAAAGGCUGGGAUGCCAACAAAGGGGAGCAGAUCCUUGCUGGCCUGAUGUGCUUGGCGCCGGAGUUCUCGCGGGCUGGCCACCGCCAGCUCCCCCGGGCCUUUCGUUGCCUGAAAGGCUGGCGGCGCCGGGCCCCUGGCCGCAGCAGGCGCAGCUGGCCCCUAGCCUUGUGGGCUGGAGUAGCCUGGAGGUUAGUCGAGCGCAACCUCUUGAAGAUGGCGGUCUUCCUCCUGGUCUCGCUCAGCAGCUACCUGAGGCCGAACGAGCUGAUGGGCCUCAAGGCGCGUGGCGUGAUUGCGCCUGCUGCUGGCAUCUCCCCGUUCUGGAGCCUGCUGCUCUUCCCUUCUCAGCAGAUCGAGCGGAGCAAGACCAACCUCAGCGACGUCAGCAUCGAGAUGGACUCGCCCUACUUGCAGUUCAUAGGCCCGAUCCUGAGGGUACUGGCCAGCGGGCCGAAGGACGAGGUGGUUUGGACCUUCACGUAUCCUCGGUAUCUCCAGGAGUUCAAGACCUCGCUGUCCGAGCUCGGCAUCACAGAGACGAUAGUGCCGUAUCAGACGCGGCACUCGGGACCGUCGAUCGACAUCGCGAGGAGGUAUCGGACGGUGGCCGAGGCACAGCGUCGCGGACAGUGGGCAAGCAUCAAGAGUGUCCAGCGGUACGAGAAGGGCGCCAGGCUGGGGGAGAGCUGGGAGCUUCUUCCAGUCGGAGUGCGCCAGCUGCUGGAGGCAUGCGAGGGAGCGCUCGAGGACAUACUCUGCGGCAGACCGCACGGCGUGGCGCUCCCUUGGCGGGGCAUGUCAGAGGCCGCUACAUCCUCGACCUCUACUCGGGGACAGGCGGCGUCGCGCGGGCCGCGGUCCAGCAGGGUUGCAACGCUCACGCGUACGAUCGUGCCCGCGGGCCCCACGAGGACUUGA